AAUAUCUUUUUUCCGGCUUUGAAAAAAUCAGCCUCUAACCCCAGAUAGUCGUAAAACAUUACGUACCACAGGGAAGAAAAAGCCGUUCAGCUGCCAUAAAUUAGGAAAUGGGAGUCGAGGUUGAGACCAUUACACCUGGCGAUGGUAAAACAUUUGCCAAGAAAGGUGACACAGUUGUUGUACACUACACAGGAACACUGACAAAUGGUAAAAAGUUUGACUCAUCCAGGGAUCGUGGCAAGCCUUUUGAGACUAAGAUCGGUGUGGGCCAAGUAAUCAGAGGUUGGGAUGAGGGUUUCACUCAGUUGAGUAAAGGUCAGAGGGCAAAGCUAACCAUCACCCCUGAUUAUGCUUAUGGAGAUAAAGGUGCAGCUGGAGUGAUUCCACCAAAUGCCACAUUGAUUUUUGAUGUUGAGCUCAUUAACAUAAAGUAACAGUCUCAUGACAGACAUCCAUAGAUUAUUUUUUUGUAUGGCUGUUUUUAAUCUUUAAAAAACAGCAUGUUUGUUUCAUAAGUCUAAAUUAGCUGUUCUCAUGUGGUAUUACCACUUCCUCAUUUGGUGUUUUUUGUGAUGUGUUCUAGCAUCCAUUAACCUUUCAGAACAUUUUGGCAAUUUAAUGGAGUCGAAAGUGAAUGUAUUUUUUUUUAAUUGUCAUAAUGAAUAAAAGAAAUUAGUUCUUUCACAAUUAAAAUACUCCUUUUUUAAUAA